AUGGUCGCAAUACCUUUCCUGCUCGACAGCUUGUCGGCAGGGGUGGGCUUCAUCUUCUACGUUGCCGUAUGCUUGUUCGAGUCGUUACGCGAUGAUUCAAGAGUGGGAAAGUCAGAAAGACGGAGGAUGACAGAUCGUAGCGGUCUCAAGAAGCGAAAGUCCGACAAACGCUCAUGGGCAAACACCUUUCACCUACUCGGUGCACUCGCCAUGUUCGCACUAAGCAUCGCCCAUGCCAUCGUCCUUGCCAAAUCAAGAGGCGACGCACUGGAGCUGAAUGCUGAUCCUGACGUGGGUUCUGUCCUCUUCGGCUCACUGAUCUGGCUCGUCAUCUUUCUUAGUUUGAUUGAUGUAUCGAGUGGUGCGGGUCUUGAGCAGACUGUUCCCUUCAUGUUGUCACAGAGGAAAGGACUGUCAGAGGACAAGAAGAACGAUGCCGUGGAAGAGACUCAGCCUCUUUUGGCUGCAGAAGAAGGAGACACUAACAAGACGAAAGACAGACGUGAAGAAGAGGACGAUGACGAUAAGUCCGUCAUUAGCAGUCUCUCCGACGAUGAAGGCAAGCCUGAGGAGGACAUGACCGAUGCUCAAAAGGAGGAGAAAAAUCAACGCCUCGCCCUUCGAGACCGACCAUGGUACCAGUACAUCGCGUCUUUUCGUAUCUUCCUACCCUUCGUCCGACCUCGUUCAUUCAUACAAUGGUUCUAUCUGUCUGUGAUGAUCCUAAACACUCUCGUUGCACGAGCAAUCACUGUAGCGACUCCGUUGAUGCUCGGUGCCGUGAUCGAUGACCUUACUCAUGCGCACAAUUCCAAAACACACGAAUUUGCUGUUUGGAAAGUCCUCGCCUACGUUGCCCUGCGCUUCGCAUCUUCGAGCUCAGGCAUCUAUCUCAUCAAGCAAACAGUAUCUUACCGAUUGAAUAUCGAGCUCCAUAACACACUUCUGACUCAUUGCUACAACCAUAUCAUGAACCUUGACGCCACGUUCCAUAUGUCGAAGUCGACCCCUUCCACAUGGCAGAUCAUGGAUCGAGGUCAAUCUGUCAUUAAUCUCCUACAAGAUGUCGUGUUUGACCAUCUUCCAGUUGUGGCAGAUCUGAUUAUCGCUAUGUUCGUAGUGUCAAAGUUCUUCGGAGGCUACCUCUGCUUCGUUGUCGCGACAACUAUGAUUCUGCUCUCCUGGUCGAACAGAAUCACAAUGUCGAAGAAGACCAAGAUGAGGAGAUAUUACGUUGACCUCUGGCGUAAUUGGUACACACACAUGAGUGAAAGCUUUAUGCAUUGGCGUACUGUUAGUGAGUUCGACAAGGUUUCAUACGAGAAGAAACGACACGAAGACAAGACGAGGGCUGUCACGAAAAUCAACAUUCAACAACGAAGCUUCUCAAUCUAUCUCAACGCAGUACAAGAGCUAGUUGUCACUGUGGGCUUCGGGUUUGUCUGCGUCCUUGCUGCGAUGGAGAUCGCCGCAGGACGUCUCGAGGUGGGACGCUUUGUUGUGCUUAUCACGUACUGGGGCCAGAUCAUGAGUCCUGUGACCAGACUAGCCAAUUUCGCGUCUGAUAUCGCCGAACAGCUGGUCGAUGCUGAAAAGCUGAUGCUGUUGCUUGAGAAGAAGCCCAAGAUCGUUACCCCACCGAACGCUCCGCUCUUUCAGUUCAAGGGAGGUGCGGUCAAGUUCGAAAAAUGCAGUUUCAGCUACGACGGAACUCGAACAGUCACCAAGGACGUCUCCUUUACUGCUGAACCGGGUCAGACCAUCGCACUUGUAGGAGAAACAGGAGGUGGCAAAAGCACGAUAUUCAACCUUCUUUUCCGCUUCUACGAUCCAACCGAAGGUCGGGUAUUUGUUGAUGGACAGGACAUAAGCAAGGUCAAUCUCGAUUCCUACCGCACUGUGCUUGGUCUUGUGCCGCAAGAUCCAGUUCUAUUCAAUUCAUCUAUCCUCAAAAAUGUGCGAUACUCGAAUCUUACAGCUACUAAGGAUGAAGUUAUCGCAGCUUGUCAAGCGGCUCAGUUCCACGACAAGGUCGAGAAAUUCCCGAAGAAAUACCUGCAAAAGGUGGGUGAAAUGGCACAAAAGUUGAGUGGCGGCGAAAAGCAACGCCUUGCUAUCGCCCGGGCUAUUUUGAAAAAGCCAGGAAUUCUUCUCCUCGAUGAGGCGACUAGUGCAGUUGAUUCGGUAACAGAGUCCAAGAUUCAGGAGUCAUUGGAGCAACCUGCGCAAGGCAGAACGACUUUCGUGAUCGCACACAGACUCAGCACGAUUCAGGGCGCCGACAAGAUUCUCGUAAUCAAAGGUGGUGAGAUCGUGGAAGCUGGAAGCCAUCAAGAACUGCUUGAGCACGGCAACGGAGCCUACAAGGAGCUUUGGGAGGCUCAGCUUAAACUCAAUGCAGGUCGACCGAAAGAGAAGAAAGAUGUCAAGAAGAGUGGUGCGGAGGAAGACCUGAUCUCCUUGGAGGAGUCGUCCAGCACUAGUGGUCAGACACAAGCACAUGAUGAGCAGAAGUCGGAUAGUGCUAGUGCAAAGUCUCUAGGUGAUGCGAAAGUCGACGAGGCAAAGGACACUCGGCUGACCGGAGUACUCACACCACCUGAAACACGAGAACAGUCGCCGAAGACUGGUAGCGUGGUGGACGAUGACUUGCAGGCUGUGCAGAAGGCAGAUGUGGAGGUGGAGGAGGAGAAGGCUCAAGGAGAAGGCGAUAAAGCUAUGGUGAGUGGUAACAAGGACGAUGAGACGUCGUCUACCAGCACCAAGGGCACUCACAAGAGCAAGGAUUACGGAACAUUAUAG